CGUGUCCGCUGGUUCCAUACCGACACGGAAACUCAUCUUCGGAAAAGAGUCGCUCAAUAAUAAUUCGUAAUUUUUUGUGACGACUGUUGUUGCAACAUGAUCCCACACCCGACGACGUCAAAACAGACUGACAUCUUACUUCGAGAUUUCUUUUGUCGUGAAAUUCUUCAAGAACGAUUUAUCAAGAAAUCACAGAAUCUUUUGUGAGAGAAUCUAGUGGAUAAAUUGUAUGAUUUUUUGUAAGACGAGUUAAACGCUAUAUUUCGCUGUCAGACAAAGGGUCAUUAAGAGUCAAUUGUGUCGGGAAACGUCUGCAACGUCUGUCGAAAAUAUGUUGAGCUUUUAAAAUGUGUGAGUUUUUUCUCCAAUUGUCAUACGAGAAGAUUUCACGAAUGUUGCCGUCGGUUGUGAGCACAAUAUAAACAUACGAUAUUUGUCUCGAUUCUACUAUUAUCGUAGAUUAUUAUUGAAUAUAUAUAAUCGAAUAAACGGAAUUAUUUCAAAAACACUUGAAACAAUAUUUAACACGAAGUUUUAAGAAAUACACCAAUAUUAUUUCGUCAAUAUUAUUUUCGCGAAUAAACGUGAGUCAGACUAGAAGAUAAAGAGAAGAUAAAAUUGUCUCCGUCAAUCGCUCAAGAUUGAUUACACGUAAAAUACAACAUAAAAUUAUUGAAAAUUCCGACUUCCACCGUUGUAAGAAUAUUCAAUUCAUUUGAAAGCUAAAGUAUUGAGGAAAAAUGCAAGCUGCAGAAACUUAUCUUGGCCCUUAAGAUACAAACUUUCAACCUAAUUGUCUAAGAGAAAUGUGCAUUCGUUGAGCUGCAAGAUUGAAAGGGAGCGACCCAUGGAGAUGUCGUCCAAGUCCUCCUUGCAUAACGAGCACAUUAAGCGGCCGAUGAACGCCUUCAUGGUUUGGUCGCGUGGACAGCGUCGUAAAAUGGCACAGGAAAAUCCGAAAAUGCAUAACUCGGAAAUCUCGAAGAGACUCGGCGCCGAGUGGAAAUUGUUGAGCGAGAGUGAAAAGCGACCUUUCAUCGACGAAGCGAAGAGAUUGAGAGCUCUUCACAUGAAAGAACAUCCCGACUAUAAGUACCGGCCGCGCCGAAAACCAAAAUCCUUGGUAAAGAAAGAGAACAAGUUUGGUUUCUCGAUAUCGCCACUGAUAUCUCCCGGUGACGGGUUGACCAACUUACCGCGUCUUCUGCCUCCAUUGGCGCCGCCUACACAUCAUCCGCUGAUGUCGCACGACGAUUUGAAAAUUCCGCGUUUUUUUCCGCCAUUUUCUUAUCCGUUUUAUCCGCUGCAACACAAACUAAAUGACGAUUUCAACGGCGGUAAAUUGGCUGCCGACUUGGCCCUUCAAGCCUUGUACAGCGGUACCACCCCUUAUCCCGGUCAUCUGACGAUGUCUUGGCCGACAAGUCUGUCGACAACCAGUUGCUUGCAGCCUACCAACAACUGCAAUUGUCCGAGUCCACCGAAGGAGCCUAAGAGAUCGUUUCUGCCGUCCAAAAUGGAUGACCCGCCCUUCCCGAGUCCGGUCAGAGCUGACGACAACGCCGUUGUCGCGGAACGGGAAGAAUCUCGGUACCGAAAAGUCGAGGAGGAUUUUUCUACUCUCGAGAGGCAUCAUCAUCAUCAGGAGGAUCGUUCGCAGGAUCGUUUCUCCUCGUCUUCGUCUUCUUCUCCGCCCACAGAACUCCAGCCGGAGAAAUCUUCCGCAACGACGACGAGUUCCUCGUCGUCUUCGAUGUCGAGCAGUAGAAUCGACAGCGCGUUCUCCGUUCAGAGCCUGACGUCAAGUAGCAGUAGCUCGAAUUCACAGCGUGGACACGUUAUAUGAAGACCGCUUCCGGUUCUCCCGGAUCUGAACUUCCGGGGGAACCUGGUACCAGCUACAUGGCCGACCGCGGACUGGUGGCGAGUAGCCCCGAUGCUGUCCCCAAUCCCGCAAACGACGGCCGCGAACCUGAGCACCGGUGUCAUCAAGGAAGACAUCCACUUCCAGGAGGAACAACAGAGGAACUCGAUAACCGUGCCCAGGUCACCCAGAAGCAAUUUACACAUCGCCAAUGUGCAGUGAUUUAGCCACAACGGUCGAUUUAGAAUCGUAUACCUAACUUCUAUAGGUUCGGUAAGAUAAAUCUUAACACUUCGAGAUAAAUCAGUGCAAUUGCAUAGGAGUAAGGAUCAACGUCCUGUUGUUGAAUUCGAAACGAAAACUGACAUUCGUCGUUUCAUAUAUAGUUUGGACAUUUUUGUUUUGUGAGUAACGUAAGGCGAUAAUAGUCUGUAUAAUGUGCAUAAUUUGUUUUUGUCAAGAAUAAAUCGAUUGAGAGAUA